UGCCUGGAGACGGCCUUCGGGGUGUCCGUGGAGGACCGGGGCCUGGCCAUCUCGCAGAAGCUCCCGGACAUUUUUGAAGCUGCUGCCGCCAAAGAGCCCUUGCAGAGCUGCCCCAUUGCUGAGCCCGCCUCUCCCUCCGAAGAGGAUACGGCUGAGGCUGAAAGACUGAAAACUGAAGGAAACGAGCAGAUGAAGGUGGAGAACUUCCAAAGUGCCGUCUCGUUCUACGGAAGAGCCAUCGAACUCAACCCGGCCAACGCCGUCUACUACUGCAACCGGGCUGCUGCUUACAGCAAACUCGGAAACUACGCCGGGGCAGUGAGGGACUGCGAGAGAGCCAUCAACAUCGACCCCAAGUACAGCAAAGCCUACGGCCGGAUGGGUUUGGCCCUGUCCAGCCUCAACAAGCUCUCGGAGGCCGUCUUCUACUACCGGAAGGCGCUGGAGCUGGACCCAGAGAACGAGACCUACAAGUCCAACCUGAAAGUCACCGAGCAGAAGAUGAAGGAGGCCCCGAGCCCGACGGGGGGCGCCGGAGGGUUUGACCUGGCUGGGUUGCUCAACAACCCCGGCUUCAUGAGCAUGGCCUCCAACCUGAUGAACAACCCACAGGUGCAGCAGCUGAUGUCCGGGAUGAUCUCGAGCAGCCAGAGUCCCGUGGCCGCCCCAGGAGCCAGCACGGCCCCCCACGACCUCGCCAGUCUCAUCCAAGCGGGCCAGCAGUUCGCUCAGCAGAUGCAGCAGCAGAAUCCGGAGCUGAUAGAGCAGCUGCGCAGCCAGAUCCGGAGCCGGACCCCCAGCGCCAGCAACGAAGAGCAGCAGGAAUGA